AUGCGGUCUUCCGCAUACGUCCCUAACACCUCGGGCGUGUAUCUCCCCACACCUGCACCAUUUACCCCAGCUCAACCCCGCUACUCCUCUUUCUCGGCAAGUCUUGAUCCGGAGAGUCCGGUGUUGAGUCCGCAGGGUGCCAGUGGGAGGAGUGGACAUUCGAGUCCGGGGGCGGCUGCAGAGGGGUUGUUGCCGCCGCAGCCUACUUUUAGGGAGGAUGGGCAGGGUGGGAGGAGGCCGACGCCGAGUGCGUACUUGGAGGAUUUGUUGGGUAAAUAA